AUGGCCUCUCGUAUGCACUCUGCAGGAAACAUGCGUCGCUCUGCAUUGAGGGCUAUCGAAUCCGCAAAGCCUCUCACACGAGCUCCUCGCUCAGCGUCAAGAAGCUUUGCUACCCUCAAUGAUUCCAAGGAUCUCGGGGAAUUCGAUCAGAUUACCACACUUCCGAACGGAGUUCGUGUCGCCUCGGAAUCAUUACCGGGACCCUUUGCGGGCGUCGGAGUUUACGUUGAUGCCGGUUCGCGUUAUGAAGAUGCAAGUCUGCGUGGUGUUAGUCACAUCAUGGAUCGCUUGGCCUUCAAAUCGACCAAGACGCGCUCAGCGGAUGAGAUGCUAGAGGUGUUGGAGUCGCUUGGCGGUAAUAUUCAGUGUGCCUCGUCGCGAGAGUCGCUGAUGUACCAGUCUGCCAGUUUCAACUCAGCUGUACCCACAACCCUCGGCCUAUUGGCAGAGACCAUCCGGGAUCCUCUCAUCACCGAGGAAGAAGUAUUGGACCAGCUAGCCACAGCAGAAUACGAGAUUGGCGAGAUCUGGUCGAAGCCGGAAUUGAUCUUGCCGGAGCUGGUCCAUAUGACUGCCUACCGAAAUAACACACUUGGAAACCCAUUACUAUGUCCCCAUGAAAGACUAGGUGAGAUUAACAAGGCGGUGGUAGAGCGCUACCGAGAGGCAUUCUUCAACCCAGACCGGAUGGUGGUUGCAUUUGCCGGUGUGUCUCAUGCAGAGGCUGUCAAGCUCACUGAGCAAUAUUUUGGCGACAUGAAGCGCAGUGAAAUUAGCAAAGGUCCCGUUCUAUCAGGCACCGGCAUUGAUACUACUCUGUCUGCCUCCACCGUCCCUCAGUUCACACCCACGUCGACCGUGAGCAGCAUUAACACUUCGCAAAAAAGCAAUUCGUCAAUCCUGUCGAAGCUUCCGUUUUUCAAUAAACUCUCCCCUUCACAAAGUAACACAGUCUCGCCGAUCGAUACGUCUUUGCUUGAGAACUCCACGCUCGACAUCCACAGGCCCGCUCACUACACUGGUGGAUUCUUUGCUCUCCCUCCAAUUCCACCACCGGCUAACCCAAUGCUACCUCGACUGAGCUACAUUCACCUUGCUUUCGAGGCACUUCCCAUUUCCUCACCUGACAUUUACGCUCUGGCGACUCUCCAGACUCUCCUUGGUGGUGGAGGCUCCUUCUCAGCUGGUGGUCCUGGCAAGGGCAUGUACUCACGACUUUACACCAAUGUCCUGAACCAGCAUGGCUGGGUUGAGAGCUGUGUGGCCUUCAACCACAGCUACACUGAUAGCGGUGUCUUUGGGAUCUCCGCGUCAUGCAGCCCAACCCGAACAACUGAGAUGCUCGAGGUCAUGUGCCGCGAGCUGCAGUCCUUGACUUUGGAUACCGGAUACGCUGCCUUGCAAACGCAGGAAGUUAACCGGGCAAAGAACCAGCUUCGUUCUUCACUGCUCAUGAACCUCGAAUCUCGCAUGGUCGAACUCGAGGAUCUCGGUCGCCAGGUUCAAGUGCACGGUCGAAAGGUCGGAGUCAAGGAGAUGUGUGACCAGAUUGAGGCAUUGACGGUCCACGAUCUUCGUCGUGUGGCUUCUCAGGUCUUUGGUGGCCAGAUCCACAACAAGGGCCAGGGCACUGGCAUGCCCACAGUUGUAUUGCAGGAGGGUGAGCUGGAGGGCUACAAGCUCCGAAAAUUCCCCUGGGAAGAAAUCCAAGAGCGUAUCGCUCGAUGGAAGCUUGGCCGUCGAUGA